GACUAACGGCAGCAAAAACAAAGUUCCGCCCCUUUCCUGCGUUAACUGUGUUCGCUCCUUCGAUCUCUGGAACCUUAACCAAACUGGCCAGUUUGCUGAGUGUUGCACUAUCGCGGCACAGGAAGGAUGCUUUACUACCCUGAAACAAAGUGUUAAAACAAAGCAAGCCGUAAUUUCCAUCCCAAGGGUUUUUUCUUUAUUCUCGUGAAGCGAAUCGUUUCAAAGCAGUUUAAAUUUGCCUCAUUGAUUUCACAUGCAGAUCAUUUCUCACAUCGGCAGAAUGUCUGUUCUUUUUCGGCUACGAAGCAUAUUACCUUCAAGGACAAAGCAACUUUUCGCGGUAAUGUUUCGAAGAAACGCUCACCAGAAGAUUGUAUCCGGAACGGAAAACUGUUCCAAACCACCGUCACGGGGUCUCGUUUUAGGAGUUUAUAGCGAUGAACAUGAUCGGUACGAAUCCGGUUUGCUAACCCCGGCUGCCGCUAAAUAUAAUGAGUACUACACCAAUGGAACUCUGCUGGACUUGCUUCACAUUGCCGGUCCUAUGCCAAAAAGAGGAGAAGCAAGAAUCUUCUAUAAUCUCGAGCCCACGUACUCCGCGGUUGCCGUAUGCGGGCUUGGAAGCGAAUGUCUCGGGUAUGAUCCAGUGGAGAAGCAGGAUAUAUCGAAAGAAGCUAUUCGAAUUGCAGCAGCAACCGGUUGCCAAGAAUUGCAGAAACUAGACACCAACCGAAUUUACGUGGAAGACAUGGGACACGCUGAGUCAGCAGCGGAAGGAGCCCAUAUGGGCAUGUGGGUUAAUCAGGAAAUGCGAAACGUCGAUCGUCGAGUGUUCAUCCCGCAAUUGCAACUGUACUACGAGCCAGCAUUGUCAUGUGAUUCCAAUGGUUGGCGAAUUGGACUGGCGAAAGCGGAAGCUCAGAACUUGGCACGGCUGUUACAGGAAUCCCCAGCGAAUCGUAUGACUCCGACCACAUUUGCUCAAAAUGUGGUUCAAAUUCUGUGCAAUUCGGGGGUGAACGUGGAGGUAAAAGUUCGCAGCUGGGCCGAAAGUCAGGGUAUGACCUCUUUUUUAACGGUUGCCAAAGGUUCCUGUGAGCCUCCUAUCUUUUUGGAACUUAGCUAUUACGGUACGAACCCGAAAGAGCGACCAAUAGUACUUAUUGGCCAGGGAAACACUUACGAUAGUGGCGGUAUAAGUGCCAAAAAAUUGCAUGCCCUUCGUGAUAUGCGAGGUGACAUGGCCGGCGCUGCCUGUAUUGUGGCCACAUGCAGAGCAAUUGCGGCCUUAAAGCUGCCGGUCAACAUUCGCGCAUUAAUCCCGCUCUGUGAGCACAUGAUUGGCUGUAAUGCAAUGAAACCAGGCGAUGUUGUGAAGGUGAAGAACGGAAAAAGCAUUGAAGUCGUCGAUGCUGACUAUGAAGGUCCACUGGUUUUGGUCGAUGCUUUACUCUAUGCUGAAAACUUUGGCCCAAAAUAUAUCGUCGAUGUAUCCACUAUAUCGGAUCACGUUCUAGAAACAUUUGGAAAGGUAUGUAGUGCCGUUUUCACCAACUCCGAAGAUCUUUGGCAACGUAUAAAAAAUGCAAGCGUACACACGGGGGACCGAGUUUGGCGACUGCCCUUGUGGGACUAUUUCACGCAACAAAUGUGCUCAGUCCAACAUGUGGAUGUGCAGAACUUUGGACGGGGUGUGGGCGGUGAGUCCUGUAAAGCAGCUGCGUUUCUACGAGAGUUUUUACCGUGCGGCGAAUGGAUGCAUAUAGAUGCGUACAACGUAAUGACUACGAAGGGAAUCGAUUUUCCGUACCUGCGAAGGGGCAUGGCCGGUCGUCCUACGCGAACGCUCAUUGAGUUCAUAGCUCAAGCGUGUUGUCCAAACAAGUGUAACUAAUAGAACUAGGUUAAAUUAGCCGGAGUUUAUUUUAAUACUACAUUAAGCUUUGAACAUUUGGCGUAAUAAAUU